AGAUAAUAAAAUAUAAUUUUAUCUCGCUCUCACGAAUAUCAUCAUGGAGGUAACUUUGUGAAAUCGUUGUUGUAGUAUUCGUCUUUGUUUACGUGUCGAAAUCAACGAACGAAUAGUUCUUUUAUACUUAGUGUGUGUCGCUGCAGUAUAUGGAAUUGUUGGGAAGAUAUAUUCGUGUCAAAAUUGUUAAAAGAACUAUAAUCGUGCAUAUCAUUUGAAAUGAACAACGGGGACGUCGGAGGCUCUAGAGGCAGAGGCCGUGGUUGGAAUUCCGACAACCAACCUCGCGAAUUACGCCGGCCCAAAACUGUAACUGAGGAAGUGAAAGAACCUCCAAAGUCAAUACUGUCAGCUGAAGCGAAGGAAUGGUAUCCGCGGAACUACGUGCCCCAAAACCAAGUGUCGUAUGGGCAGGAGCACUACCGAGUGCCUCGCUAUUCCGCUCAAGAUAGAAUCCGACAGGCUCAGGAACAGGAUCCGUACAACUUUGAGGAUAUGUCAUAUUCUUUGGAUGAACCCGAAAGUGCCUUACGGGAAAAUAUAGCAAACCUGAUUACUGUUAUGUGUGAGAUAACAUUUGACCCAGGCAAGUUUGACACUCUCUGUGGACCUCUGGUAGAUUCAUUUUAUGCCACUCUACAUGAUGCUAACUACACCAGGCCUCUUGUCGAAGCUAUCGUGAAUCAGUCAAUAUUCGAGGCCAACUUCCGCUACAAUGGCGCCCGUCUUUGUUCGAUGUACGACUCCGUCUCGCCUCCCGAAGACUCAACAUUCCGAGCCUGUCUGUUGGAACGUUGUACUGCCGAGGAGAACAAAAUCAUAAGUGGGGCAGAAACAUCGGAGGAGAACGUCAGAGGUUUUGCUAUGUUCCUGGCUGAGAUAUACACACAGCUGGAGGACAAUCAGGGAGGAAGAAUUAGGACUCUGGGUGAAAGUCUCUGUAAAGUGUUCUUGCAUCUUUUGGACACCGACAAAGAAGUCAACAUAAAAGCGGUAUGCCAGUUGUUGAAAUUGUCCGGUAUAGCGCUGGACGCGGAUUGUCCGUCUAGCAUGCAGCAGCUGUUCGAUCGCUUGAAGCAACGUUCGGAUCUGGCGAGCGUGCGUCACGUGGUGUCGCUGAGGGCAACCCGUUGGGGUCUGGCUGACCCCGACCCGCCGGCCCCGCCCGCCGACAGACGACGAAACGCUAACUCCGAAGCCGACGGUGUUGGAGGUUAUCUCGCAGACGGACAUUCGCUAACUGCCGAGGAAUGCGCCUUCUUGCAAAGCAACCUACCCCCAAAACCCGCGGCUAUAGAGGACGACAUACUUGAGGAAUUGGAAAAUGAUGCAUGGGAUACUGGCAUGGAUCCGGAAAUGCAGGCGGGCUUCCUCGAGUUCCUCAAGAUAUCCAAUCAAAUCAAACGAUAGUAACAGUUUGAGAACCACUACCGCUACAUAAACUGCAGAAUUGACUCGAUCUAACAUGUACUACCUAAGUCCAUAGUUUUGUAAUGUGGAAUUUUAUCCUAUGUUGUAAUAUGAAUAUUGACUGCGCCCCGAUAUUAACACAUGCUCCACCUUAAUGCAAUAAUCGCUUGUAUGAAAUGAAAGAAAAAAAAUAAAAAUAAAAUAAAAAAAUUAUAUCUAGAUUUUCCCGUUAGCUAAGUGUAAGAUCUAGUUCAAUAAUUUUAUAGCUCGAAUAAUGUACAUCAGUAUCAUAUAUAUAUAUAUACACAUAUAUAUUAUUUUUUUUCAAGUACAUAUUGGUCUGCGGAUGUUUUAUUUUGUGGGAUGUGACUAGCAUUUAAACAAUAUAUUUUUAAUAUUUUUAAUUGAUCAUGCGUAUGAUGCACGUGUUAUUGACUUAAUGUAAACAAGUAACUAACUGGUGUAUGCAGUACUUACCAUGAGUUUGAAAAACGUUUGCAUCCUCACUAUAUAUCAGUUUUUACUCAUGUAUUUACGUUAAUAUCGCGUACGAAGUGUGGUUUGACGGUGCAAGCUUUUGGUAGGGAUACAGGUGACCUUUUAAGGACUGUGGUAUAUGAGAGAACUUAGAGAAGUGUUUUAUCCGUCAAGACAGUAAUGUGAUGCCUACAAUUUAAAAUGUAUGAGAAUGUCUAAUUCCUUGUGGUUUUAUCAAUACAAAUUCAAGGUGCUGUUAUUACAAUGAAUUGUCGUUAAACUGCCGCGUUAUAUGUGAGAUUUGUUAAAUACCAUGCCUUGAGAAAUGUUCUAGUACAAAAUGAUUGGUGUGUUUAAAGUAAACUAAAGUAAAGUAAAGUAAAUGUCAUGUAAUUAAAUGUUAACGGUUAAAUAAGUUAGUGUUUGCUUCAUAUGAUGGAAAAAUUUUAAAGGUAAAAAAAUAUGCAUGCAAUUAGUUUGAUAAUAUCAGUGAAAGAAUUAUUUUCAAAAUUAUUUGCGACUACCGUCACGUAGUUUAGUGAAAUGUUUUUUUUUUUAAUUUUCAUCGUAGUAGUUAGUCCCUAAUUGUAGUCAUAAGGCCUGUUCAGUGACUCUUGUUUACAUUGGUCUCGUGUAAAAAAAAAAGAAAAAAAUAUUUAGUGAUCUCAUUAUUUCUCCAUUUAUUUUGUCUAAUUCAUGACAAUAAGGACAAUACUGUAAACUUCAAGCACCUCUAGGUAACGGACAUCAGAUUUUGACAUAUCCUACUUAAAUAAUGGCGAAUAUAGAUUUUUCGAUCACGUUCACAUUACGAAAUAUUUAUUUAAUAGUGUUUCCGGUCCCGAGUUUUUAAUACGUCUUCUUUUUAGCCAUUUUAAUAACGCGCAAAAAAAAAAAUACAAAAAAAUAAUAAUUAAAGUCUGAUAAAUAAUUACUUAAUUUAGAAUUGCAUAUUUUAAGUUCCCACAAUGUAAGAAUUGCGUAUUUUGUCUUAUAAAUUUGGUAAUGCCAACGUCACUUGGCUGUCAUUGCAUAAUAAACUUCGACCCGUGCUCCUACUACGAGCUUGAAUAAUCUAACUAUAUGGAUAUUUUAAGUUUUACAUUCAUAUACCUACUGUCAAAUGCGAGGAUUUAUUGAUAAAAAAAGUAUAAACUUUUAUAAUGCAAACUCGUAGUAGGGGUCGCUAAUAUCCGAGUUCAAAAAACCUGACCAGAUAUUAGCACUAAUAAUAAUUCCCUACACGAAUUGUUUAAAAUAUUUUUUCGAUAAUAUUAAUGCAAUACUGGAUUAAUUUAUACGAUGCAAUUAGACGGAUGUUUGUAAUAUUCCAUUGUAUUUUUGUUGCAGUGAUAUUAUGAAUGUUAUAAGAAUAAAUGGAUAUUUUAAUAAAAGGCAUUUAAAUA